GUGGGUGUGGGUGUGGGUGUUGGUCAGGUGUGAACGCGGAUGUCAGUGUGGGUCUGGGUGUGGCUGUGCGCGUCCGUGUGGGUACGAAAAAGAGAUCCUCACAAAGACAUCUACACCCACAACCACAUCCACACCCACGACCACACACUCUCAUCCUCACCUACAUCCACCCACACCCACACCCACACCCACACCACCCACACCCACACCCACACCCACACCCACCCACACCCACACCCACACCCCCACACCACUGAACUCAGCAUGGUCAGUUACCCCUAUGGUGACCUAUUUUAGAAUCAUUGAAGGUUACCUGGCAGAUUUUAGAGGUCUCAGGAAAAUGCUUAUAGCUCUUGAACAGAGCAAGCUAGCGAGUUCAGUCUUCCGUAGAUCGAAAGUGAACAAUUUUUCCUAUCGAAUGGCCAUAUUGGAAUCUAAACUCUAAUGACAAAUAGUUUCCGUAGGCAAUUCUCAAAAUGUCCAAUGAGCAUUCACACCAUUGGUCGAUUAUUGACCAAUCAAAUUUAGCAGAGUUUUACUUCCCCCACAUUUCUCUUUCGAAUGGUGAAAACCGCAGGUUUCUAGCUGUUUUCGUUCUUGAGAUAUUUAAAAAAUAUUGGUGCCUAUUAUAUUUUGACGUCGACAGUAGUUCAUAGAUGUAUUGUUUACAUUGAAAACUUGAAUGUCUUAGAUAUUCUAAAAGAAAACUUUUAGUUUAGUAUCUAUUGCUGACUAUUUGUUAUAAAAUAUUUGAGGAAGUUUCUAUGCUUUUUUGUAAUCUUCUGCAAUAAAAUUAAUUUCUAUUUAGCAUUAUACGGAACAAUAACAAAAAUCAUUAAUAACAACAGCAACUCCUACACAAGUUCCACAACAAUCAUUACUAUCAUCAAUAACUACAUCUACUAAUUCGAAUAGUAUUUUAUCAUCAAAUCUUCUAUUUCAACAACCACAUUAUCAUCAUUUACAAGCUGUUUCUCAAAUUCCUAUGCCACCUCCAUCAUAUCUUUAUACAUCUGCAUCAUCAUUAUCUGAUCAAUCAGAAUCAAUAUUUCAUGUUCAAAAUGAAAUUCGUUUAAAUAAACGUGGUUAUCGUGAACAAUAUGAUGGUAUUGGUCAUUGGCGUCCAUUAUGCAUACAUGAACAAUGUUUAAAACGAGCAAAAAAAUUAUCUUAUUGUAAACGACAUUAUAGUGAACAAAUGAAUCAAAAUCAAUCGAAUUCAACUAAUAUUAAAAUUGAAACAGAUAAUAAAGAUUAA